AUGCGCAGAAUGAAACGCAAAGCAAAUAACGUGGUAGUGGCUGUCGACCCUGAGCACAAGAAGCCACGCUCAAUCACAGGCUCCUCAAAUCAAUACAAAGACUCGACAAAUGAGCUCAAGUACGGAAUCAUCCUCCCCAAGUACUAUCCUCCCGAGAUGACCAACGAGCGAGCCGAAGCAUACAAGACCGGACAGAUUGAGCGACCGAUAGAGACACUGGAAAAAGCCGCUAAAGAAACACAAGCCGACCGAGACCAAGUACCGCCAGGAAAGUGUGUGGUUCACUGGUUCAAGUGUGACUUGCGGACGACGGACAACAAGGGACUGCACCUAGCAAGCAACAUGGCAAAAUUGCACAAUGUGCCCCUGGUUUGCCUUUACUUGAUCUCCCCUCAAGACUUCGAGGCCCAUCUGACAGCUCCCGUACGCGUUGAUUUCAUUCUUCGUAACCUUGCUAUGUUGAAGAGGGAUCUAGAUGAUUUGGACAUACCAUUGUAUGUUGAGACGGUGGAGAGGAGAAGGAACAUCCCGUCUAAACUCGCCGACUUAUGCGCGGUAUGGGGAGCUUGCCAUGUAUUUUGCAACGCAGAGUACGAGGUGGACGAGCUCAGGAGAGAAGCUGCUCUAACAAGGGGUUUUUUGGAGAGGGGAAUAUCCUUCAGUGUCAUCCAUGAUACUUGCGUUGUCGAACCUGGCAAGCUGAAGAGUGGCUCUGGUGGUCCAAUAUCGGUCUACAGUCCCUGGCACCGAAAGUGGUGCACCUACCUCAACCAAAACCCCCAAGAACUGGACUAUCUCCCUCCACCAGGCCACAACCCACAGUCUGCGAGAGAAAGUUACUCGAGGUUAUUUAACACUGGUAUUCCAGCGGCACCUCCCUCGAAGCAGCUGACCGAGGAAGAAAGAGUGAGAUUCAGUAGCAUGUGGCCCGCAGGAGAGAGUGAAGCCCAAGAUCGACUGCACAAGUUCGUGCUCGAGAAAAUUGCCAAGUACCAUGAUACCAGGAACCUACCUGGAGGCAAUGGGACGUCUGUUCUUAGCCCACACCUGGCAGCAGGUACAAUUGCCGCACGGACAGUUGUUAGAGAGGCUCGUGACGCAGCUCCCUUGAAGAGAGUGACAGAUGACCGGAAACAAGGACACUCAAUGUGGAUUGCCGAGGUAGCGUGGAGAGAUUUCUAUAAACAUGUCCUAUGCCACUGGCCGUACAUUUGCAUGAAUAAGCCUUUCAAACCAGAAUACAGCAAUGUCGAGUGGGAGUACGACAUGGAACAGUUCGACAAAUGGACCCAGGGCAAGACAGGUUUCCCAAUAGUUGAUGCUGCAAUGCGCCAGGCAGCGUAUACGGGAUAUAUGCCGAAUCGCUGUCGGAUGAUUGUGGCUUCCUUCUUGGCCAAAGAUCUCCUGAUUGACUGGCGCAUGGGCGAAAAGUGGUUCAUGGAGCACCUCAUUGAUGGUGACUUUGCAUCAAACAACGGCGGUUGGGGAUUCAGUGCCAGCUGUGGCGUCGACCCACAACCCUAUUUCCGCAUUUUCAACCCGUUGCUCCAAAGCGAGAAGUUUGACGCUGAGGGAGGGUAUAUCCGUAAAUGGGUGCCAGAGCUUGCUGAUAUCGAAGACAGCAAGGGAAUCCAUGACCCGUACAACCGUGGCUACGGGAAGGUUGCUGAGACAAAUGGCUAUCCAAGGCCAAUUGUCAAUCACAAAGAGUCGCGAGACAGGGCUCUGGCGCGGUAUAAAGCGGGCAUUGGAAGAGAUAAUGCAUGA